CUACAGCUGCAGAAAACCCAAUACUUGCAACUGGGACAGAGUCGUGGCCAGUACUAUGGUGGGUCACUGCCAAAUGUGAACCAGAUUGGGAACAGUGCCAUGGAUCUCCCCUUCCAGACUCCUUUCCAGUCCUCUGGCCUGGACACGAGCAGGACAACUCGGCACCAUGGGCUGGUGGACAGAGUGUACCGGGACAGGAACCGCCUGGGCUCCCCUCACCGACGGCCUCUCUCCGUGGAUAAACAUGGCAGACAGGUGGACAGCUGUCCCUAUGGCACAGUGUACCUGUCCCCUCCCUCAGACACGAGCUGGAGAAGGACAAAUUCUGACUCUGCCUUGCACCAGAGUACCAUGGCUCCAACCCAGCAGGAAAGGAAUCCUUCAGGGUCACAGGACAUGCAGCAAAAGAGAGUUUUGUUACUGACUGUCCCUGGAAUGGAGGAAACCACCUCUGAGGCAGACAAAACCCUCUCUAAGCAAGGCUGGGACACUAAAAAGACUGGGUCAUCGAGGCCUAAAUCAUGUGAAGUUCCAGGAAUCAACAUCUUCCCAUCAGCUGACCAGGAGAACACUACCACCCUGAUUCCUGCCACGCACAACACGGGAGGUUCCCUGCCAGACCUGACCAAUAUCCACUUCCCUUCCCCUCUCCCCACGCCGCUCGAUCCCGAGGAAUCCACAUUCCCAGCCCUGAGCAGCUCCAACAGCACCGGAAAUCUUGCUGCCAAUCUGACUCACUUGGGCAUCAGCACUGCCAGUCAGG